UCUUGGAGGUAGUGACUCGAGGGGGUAGAUUAGAGGCCUAUUUAACUUUGUUCAUAAGAAAGCAGCUUUUUGAUUUUGUAGUUAAAAUGUCAUUUCUUUGUCAAAAACAAUGUUAUCUAAAAAAGUGCAAGACAGUUGUCACUAGCUGCACUCCUGCAAAAUGUUUGGUAGAUAAAAAAGAGAACAAAUGCAUCGAUGGCUUUGAAGUAAUCUUAGAAGAUACAGUAUUAUUUCCUGAAGGCGGUGGCCAGCCAGACGACAGAGGAAAAAUUAAUGGAACUGAUGUUUUAAAAGUGUGGCGGAAAGGUGCACAUGCUAUUCAUUUUGUAAUGGCUGAACAGAAUGUCGGCCAGGAAGUUGAAGUGGAGGUUGACUGGCAAAGACGCUUUGACAACAUGCAGCAACACUCAGGCCAACAUCUAAUAACUGCAAUAGCCGAGAGUUUGUAUUCCUGGCCUACAACAUCUUGGGAUCUUGGUGAGAAAGUUUCAACUAUUGAAUUAGAUACUGUUAAAAUAACUGAUGACCAGCUACUUGCGAUUGAGUCAGCUGUCAAUGAACAGAUUCGCAAUGCUGUUCCUGUAAAGGUGCGGCUCCUGGAAUCUGGAUCAGACGAAAUGGAAACGAUACGAUCACGUGGCCUACCAGAUGACCAUGUUGGUCCGGUAAGAGUUGUUGAAAUUCAAGGCAUAGAUUCUAACAUGUGUUGUGGAACUCAUGUCUCAAAUCUAAGCCAUCUCCAGUCAAUAAAGUUAUUGGGGUUAACUAAAGCUAAAAAAGGCAAAUCCAAUGUUGUGUUUGUUGCUGGCAAUCGUGUUUUGAGGUACCUCGGAUCAUGCUAUCAAACAGAAAAGGCGAUGACCAAACUACUUAAGUGUACCCCUGUGGAGCAGACUUCUGCUGUUGAAAAGGUUCAGAAAAAUCUUAAAGAAGUCUGUAAGGUGUCUAACCGACUUCUAAAGAUGGUUGCUGUUAUGCGAGCACAAAUUUACGUAGAGAACAAGGAUAGAGAUCCAGUGUUUGUACAACAUGAGAAAGACGGCGAUUCAGAGUUCCUCAAUAUAUUAGCAAAGGCAGUAGGGGACAAGGCUCGUUUUAUGUUUCUAACUGGAGGAGAUGAGAAACGUGCUGGUUUAUAUCUUCUGAUUGGACCACCAGAGGCCAUAGCAAGCCUUGCACCAAAGGUGUCUGAAUUAUUAGACGGAAAAGGUGUACUCAAGAACGGGUGGUUCCAAGGAAAAGCAAACAAAAUGGCUGGCAGGUCUCAAGCAGAACUCCUACUCAGGAAAUACAUAACAGAUCAUGAAUUAUAAGUUUAAUGAAGAUUGUUUAAGAUUCCUGCAAUUUAGAAAUUCUUUGGGACAGAGACUGGUAUUGUGUAUGUACUGUACUCAGAAUGAAAUCUGCCUAAUGGUUUAUAAGUCAAUACAAAUUCCAGAUAUUUUUAAUAAACCUUGAAGAAACCAAAAAAAAAAAAAUUAUAAUGCAAAGAGAAUCAAUGUUUUAUUUCUAGUUUUCUGUUGUAAAAUAAAAGUAGCCUUAUUUAAAUUACAGAUGCUAAAGAUUAGUGUUUUUGGUUAAACUUGUACAAGGGAUAAAUUAUUCUUGGUAUAAUAAUAGAUAUUAUAUUGUUGGAUUAAACAAAAAUUCAGUAAUCAAUUUUACUUAGCUUUUAGACAGUUUAUUUUAAAAUAGUAUAUUUAAAUACUUUAUUUUGACUUGAAAUUUUAGUAUCUGCUAAUUGUCACAUUUUUAUCAUCUUUAUUUACCCCAUUUUAUAAUACUGUACUUAAUUAUUGAAGAUUAGAACCCAAUAUAAAAAAAAACA